AUAACUUUCACGGCGACAGUAACGGAAAGCGGGCAACCCUUUAAACAUGGCUUAAAAGAACAGUACUUAAACCAUAAAUAUAAAAAACUUUAUUUCUCUGUUUCUUGCACGCCAAAUACGUCAAUCCACAAUGUCAAUCUGUCAUCAUCGUUCGAAAAAAUGUCCCGACAGACGUGGCAUAUGUUUACAGUGAUAACAUUUUUAUUUACAGUUUUAUCACUAGUUGGUGAUGUUUUUUCAACAUCAGCGGCACCAUGGUAUGAAAACCUACCUGCUGUGACUAUGGACUAUAAAGUUCACAUAGAUGCCGGAAAAGAAGAUUGUUACUUUCAAUAUGUCCAACCGGGUGCUACAUUUUACGCAAGUUAUCAGGUAUUGAAAGGUGGUGAUGGCAUGUGCGGGUUUGCGGUGCGGCACCCGAACGGUCAGAUUGUGCACCCCUACGAGUGGCGGCAGAGUGCGGAGUACGCAGACCAGACCUCGUCGGGAGGCUACUAUGCAGUGUGUAUCGAUAACCAGUUUUCACGUUUCGCGGGCAAGCUUGUCAACCUUUACCUCUCCGUGAUCAGAUACGACAUGUGGGAAAAAUACGCCAAAGAGGUGGAAGAGCUCGACAUGAAUAUUAAAAACUUUACUAGUUCUAUACAAUUUGUGGAGCGUAAUAUCAAUGAUAUACUACAAUAUCAGUAUCACUCUCGAGCAAGAGAAUCUCGGGAUUACAACUUAUUAAUGGACAAUAAUACAUAUGUACUCAGAUGGUCCUUCAUACAAAUAUUAGCAAUAGCUGCCACAGCAACACUGCAGGUGUAUUUUGUAAGAAAACUUUUUGAAGUUAAGGACAACUCUUCGAAGACGAGAAUUUGAUUGCCUUAAGUAAAUAUGGGUAAAAUAUUUGUUAGCUAUCCUUAAUAAUUUAUCCAUUUAGGAUAGUAAAAUUGCCUUAAAGACUUUUGUUUAUUUAAAUGAAGAUUAAAAAAGCGUCACUACUCUAAUGUAGGUAAUUUAUUAAGGAUGGCCUAAAGUGUAGGUAAUCAACAAAUUGGUGUCACAAAUUGUUAUAUAUGACUGAAUUCAUUCCAUAUUAUAUCUUGUUAUUUCUCUCUAAAGAAUGGAAAUGUAAAGUGAAGGGUCAUAUCAUAAACUCUUACUGCAAUUAAUUGGUAAAACGAUUGCAAUCAUCGCUCAGUUGAAAUGUUCCUUUUGCAUAACAUUAAUUAACCUCUUACAUUAGUACAUUGAUUUUAGUUCAGCAUCUUAUCUAAUCACCAUUAGGGCUGAUUCACAUUGGAGUGGUAGCGACUCGGCAAAUAAUUCACUUUUUUUAUAUUUAAAUUAUAUAUAAUGUAAAAGACCACUAUUGCUUGAAAAGCUUGAAGAAGUUGCAAGAUAAAGUUCAAAAUAAUUUCACAGUGAAAGCACUCGUUGAGUUGUUGCCAUUCCAGUGUGAAUUGGCCCUCAGUGUGGAAAAAGUAGUUGAUGUCAAGUUGGAAUUUAUAUUGCAUUUAUAUUUUGACAUUAAUAAUAAUAACUUCAUAAUUUUUAAUAGAUUUUAUUUAUAUUUUAUAAUGUGAUCUAUUUACGGACAAAGUAUGCACUUUUAACGAGAUACUGAUCUAUUACUACUUAUGUACAGCCAGGUUCAUUUUGCCUCAUUUUGAGUAAGGUGUUGGCGAUGCUACAGUGAGAAUACUAAACUAUGUAUGUAGUGUUAUUUGUUUAUUACCUAAUUUGUUGAAGAACUUUAUUAAUAUUUAAAAAUUUCAUUUACUUUAGAUGGUGUUAUACACCCUGGCAAACUUCUUAAAUAUCGUCCAUAGACAAGGAAGCCUGCGCAGUACCAAUUUUACAUACAAAAGCGUCUACUGCGCAAGUUAAUUUCUCUGUGGUUUUGCUCAAGAAGUUUGCUGCUACCUAUAUCACACAAUCUUAUCUCGGUAUGGCUAAAGUGCUAAUAAAUCAGUAUGCCAGUUAGCGCAUACUAUGUUUGGUGAUAGAAUUUAAUUAAAUCUAUAAAAUUUAUUCACAUGUACACUAAUUAAGUUGGCUGUUACGAAUAUCUCAAAAUAGUGGGUACUUAGAAGAGCACACAAGGUCCUUAAACCAUUUUAUUGAAUAAGUUUGUGAUCUAUUUUGAUGUUUUUGUACAAUUUUUGAGACAUUUAGAGAUAAUAAGUAUAGUUGUAUAAUAGGGCUUGCUUUAAGUAAUAAAUAUACAUUCGGCUUAGCAUGCACAAUCACAUCUGUUACCCUUCUAAUUAUAUUAAUUUUUCGAAUUUACAUUUCCAGGAUCUGAUUAAUUCUUAAGUGCAUUUUAUAAAUAUUUUUUUAUUUAUUCGCUUUUUACUGUUGUUUUUAUAUUAAGACUUUUAUAUUGAUUUUAUUCUUCUGUUCUGUUGAUGGAUGACAUAACUUAAUCUUUGUUUACUAUGGCGUUGAUGUACUUAAAAAGGUACACAUCCAUAAUAACAGUUCCAAGUACACAAAUAAAGAAUUUUAUACCUUAUCAGAUUUUUUCUCUGCACUUUACACGGUUAAGUAAAAAAAAGAAUAUUUUUUAUGUGACGUUUACAACUACCUACCUGUUAUAGAAACAUCGUUUAUUAUUUUUAUACAAGUAACGUUACCUUAAGUUAAUAAAAUAAUUAAAACCACAUUUUGAAAUAAAUUUAUUUAUUUAUUCAAAUAAUGUAUUGUAAAUUAUUCAUUACUUAUCUAUAAAUAAGUCUUGUCGACUAUAACAUGCAAAUAAUUCUAUAUACAAACAAUAAUUUAUUAGGUAAGUACAUACAUAGCUGAUGAUAGUUUUAUAACAUUUUUGUUUCUAAAAUUGGCCAAUAGAUGGCAAUACAUUGGAUUAGAACGAACAACUUUCCAUUGUAUGGAAUAAGCAAUACAUUGGAUAUUUAGAAACCAUACAAACGCUACUUCAAAUGUCGGAAUGUUAUUAAAAUCAAUUGUGAUGUCAUUGAUCAAAACGAAUUAUUAAUAAUAAAGCUGGCAUCGCUUUUAUGACUAGUUAAUUUCAGCUCGCGGCCAGCCUAUACAAUGCAGCAAUAAGUAAAUUACAUAAAAAUAUCGUGAUACAAUCGUAAUAACUUAAGAACUAAUCAGAAAGUUCAUAUUUUGAAAUACUCUGUACAAAAUUAUACGGUGAAUCUCAUGCGUAACUGUACAUUUCAUAUUAACAAUUAUUAAAUAUAUUUACUUAUUAUAAUUAUAAAAAAAGACUCUUUGAGAGUGUGUAAUACGAUACAGGUCGACUAAUUAGUAAUCAGCUAAAGCACCCUAUAGAUUUGCGUAACAAUAAUGUCGGUGCACCAUUGGAAUUCAUAAAAUUGGUCCGAAAAUACUUCUACAUAUAACUCUUUAUAGGUACUAAAUUAAGGCAGUGUCUUGGACGGACAACCGUGUGAUGUAAUACCAACGAGUGCGGCAAGUAUACAAAACGACGUGCAAGUUAAAACACCACAACUUUGAUCAUUGCUAAGUGUAUCUAAUCUAAACUCGGAUAAUCGACUUUAUUUCAAUGGUCGUAUGGUUAUUUUUUUGACGCGUGGAAUGUAUGAAUAACGCGGAAUAAAUGACAAUGGUGUCGAUUCUGGCGUGUUUCUCUAAACUUAAAACUAAAUUUAACAUCAGUCUCACCUUUUCAUCCUGUAUAGAGAAGGACAAGGAUGCACUGUUGUCAAAUUUAAGUUUAGCUUUAGGGAAUCAUGCCAGA